GCCUCCCCCUUCUUCUCCUUCUCCCCCGGCUCCUGUUCCCGCCCAGCGGCUCUCCGUCCCUGGUUCUCCUCCACUGCAGUCGACGCUUCGGCGAAGGAGGCGAGCGAGGCAGGAAAGAGAGCCCCCAAAUCUGGGUGUAAAACGCCGAGACGUGAUCCCUCCAUUAUCCCCCGGCUUCAGUGGACACACCGCGGCGGCGUUUGGAACUCUCCCUGCACGGUCUUCCUCACAUAGCCUGGAUUUCCUCACCCUAACAGCACCAUGGGAAAUGAAGCCAGCUACCCCCUGGAAAUGUGCACACAUUUUGAUCCGGACGAAAUCAAGCGUCUGGGAAAGCGUUUCAAGAAACUGGACCUGGACAACUCUGGCUCGCUCAGCGUGGAGGAGUUCAUGUCGCUGCCUGAGUUGCAGCAGAACCCGCUAGUGCAGAGGGUCAUCGACAUAUUCGACACGGACGGCAACGGAGAAGUGGACUUUAAAGAGUUCAUUGAGGGAGUGUCGCAGUUUAGUGUCAAAGGUGACAAGGAGCAGAAGCUUCGCUUCGCCUUCCGGAUCUACGACAUGGACAAGGACGGCUUCAUCUCCAACGGCGAACUUUUCCAGGUGCUAAAGAUGAUGGUGGGCAACAACCUGAAGGACACGCAGCUGCAGCAGAUCGUGGACAAAACCAUCAUCAACGCAGACAAGGACGGCGACGGCAGGAUAUCCUUCGAGGAGUUCUGCGCGGUGGUGGGUGGUCUGGACAUACACAAAAAGAUGGUGGUGGACGUGUGAGCGCACCCCGCCUCCUUUCCCGACCGCCCUGCAGCUCGCUCGAGUCUCCCCGCUCUCCUGAGUUCUCCUCGACGCUCGCUUCCUCCGCCAUCUCUUGACGAUUUGUCCGGCAAAAACAAGAAACACCGACUCAGUGUUCCGGCAGCGGAACAUUUAUGUCUCACUUUUCCACCGCGAAGAGCCUCGUUCAAGUGUUAAGUGAAGGGCGAGGGCUUCUUACCCGGUCAAAAAAAAAAAAAGACUGAAGUAUGAGGAGGUGACUGUAGGGUGACGUGAGGGAAUUCCAUCCUUUUUUUAAAAUUAUAUUUAUUUUUGUUUUUUCUCAUCUUUUAUACGUGAGUAAAGUACGUAUACAUUCAUCCACACUUGACUUAACAGUGCAUUUAGCUGCUCGGGUAUGAAGUGCCAAGAAAACAUAUCCAGACACACACACACACACACACAUUACCCAAAAUGUAUUUUCAACAGUUAAGAAAUAAAAGGCUUCUGCACGCUUUCUGUUGUCACUAGACGGGUCCGGAACGAGAAACGUAUUUUGCGAUUUGUGAAAAAUAUCUUUUCAAAAAUAACUAAAGGGGAAAAAAGCUUAUGAAUCGGUGAGAUAAUUUUCAUUUUUGAGUGCUUUGGUGGUCAUCAGACGGGCCUGGAAUGAGAAGCAUAUUUCACUGUCUCUGAUAAAUGCCUUUUCACUAUAAUUUAUUGCUCAAUUCAGCUUCCAUUAAGGGUGUUUUUGUCGUGGAUAAGUGAGCCUGAAAUGAGAAAUGUAUUUGGCUGUUUUUCGGAAACUAUAUUUUGAAAACAAACAUCAUCCGUCAGGUAAUCUUAUUAGGGUGUUUUUGUUGUUGCUUGGGUGAGCCUGGAAGAAGAAACAAAGUAUUGCGCAGUUCCUUCAAAAAUUGAGAGAGAGGGGGGAAAAAAAGCAGCGUAAAUUACACAUUUUUAGGGCAUUUGGGUUAUAACUGGAUGUGCAUGAAAUAAAAAAUUGAUUUCACAAUCUUUGGGAAAAUUGUCUUCAAAAUAAUGAAAAAAACAAAUUUGAAUAUCUGUCAGACAAUUUGCAUUUUAAGAUGUUUUUCUUCAAGAAAAGUAUUUCCCUGUUCCCGGAAAAUAACUAUGAGGGGGGGAAAAAGACUAGCAAACAAAACAAUUUAAGAGCAUUUAUUUAUUUUUGGUCCCUAUAUGGGCCUGGAACAGAAAAAAAUAUUUUUCAAUUAAUUACAAGAACCAAACUGGAACUGGGACGCUGCUUUGAACUGAAUGCGAAAACUGGAGCCUGCAUGAUGUGGAGUUUUGUUUUUGUGUGCAUGACGAUGAACACGUUUGGAACGAAUCUUGUUUACACACAUGGACGCUGAUGUGAAAACAAACUAUUUAAUAACACGAUACACAAUAUAGAUGUUGCCAAAUGAUUGGUUUCCAUAUGAACUGAACUGCAGUACAGCACGUGUCAUAAUAUUAACUGCCACAUACAAGCUUUUUUUAAUGUUUUGUACAUAAAUAUUUGUGAAACGCAUUCCUGUCUCUGUAUAGUUGACAGCUUCAUGCUUUAGUUUGGAAGUGUUUUUUUCUGAGUUUCUUUUUGUGUGUGGGGGAUAUCAAAUAUAUAUUAUGUAUUUUUGAUUUUUUUGGUUUUUCUGCAUGCUGCAAUUUACGCUGUGGGACUGUUGGAAACUUGAUACUAUAUGAACAUGAACUACCAUUUAAAUAAACUUAACUGAUAAUGAA